AUGGCGACACAGGUCAAGCUUUCUGUAGGCGGCACAACAAAUGUGCCGUCCCUUGCCGACCAAAUCAAGCGCUUCCAGCCGAGGGUUUUCAGCAACACCGAGAGCGCCUCAAGAGUAUUCGACCGCUCAGCCAAGGACAAUCCGGCGCGAGAGGCGCUGACAAUCAAGUGCGUCAAGGUCAUCGUCGACAACUUCGAACGGCUGCCAGCGCACGACGCCACCGGUGGGUUCAAUGUCGGUUACCGGAAGUACGACGACGAGAAUGGCGAUCGUCGUCAAGACGAAACGAAGGAUGGCGGCGGCGGCGGCGGCGGCGGAGUUGACGCUAGCCCUGCCACAGCAGCGUGGAGCGCGGCGAAGCGAACCGACCCUGCCGGGCGCGAUGCAGGAUUUGGCGGGAUGGGCGAGGGAGACGGGGGGGAGACCAAGCUGGAGGGAGAUGAUGAGCUGCCACAUCCUCAGCAACAAGAGGGCAGGGUCAUACCCGCGAAGUUUUUGCAGCUGAUAAGCGCUGGCUUGAGUACUGACUUGGAUCCAAAGGUAGGAGCUUUGUACGUGUUUGACGAGAACUACUGGAAACGGCGAUGCGUGGAGAAGCUUGGCUGGCAAAACUGUCAGAUCGCCGAGCACGGGCUGACAUGGAAGCAGCUGUUUUUUGAGGCCCACGUGAGCACCCAGCUGGAGACGUUCGACGCCCAGAAGGAGACGUUCGACCACCUCCUGGAGUUCCUUGCGUCGUGUCAGGAGUACGUCUUCACCCUCCGCAUCCGACAGCUCUUGGCGCACCCCGACAUGCGCGCGGUGUGCGAGGUCCUACAGAACCUCACCAUGGAUCCUCUGGCUGAGGGAUGCGAGGUCAACGUUCUAGCGACAACGGCAUGUGUUUACAUUAGCACCACCCCUCCACACACCGUGCCCCCCACGUGGCAAACUCCGUGGCUGGCAAGAAAGCUGGACGUGACGUACAGCGUAAGCUCCAUCGGCAUGAAGUACGAGCGCAUGCUCUUCGGGAUGAAAAUUUCGGACGCGAAUUGCUUGGCCAAGGCUAUCCAGGCAACCCAGACGAUGGCCUCGCUGGUGUUGCAGGGGAACCUGAUAGACGACGACCUCAUGCGGAUGCUCAUGACCGGGCUCAUCAGGAACUCCACGAUUACGUACUUGGACGUGAGCCACAACAAGAUCACCAACCACGGUGCGAGACUGCUCUCCAAACUACUCGGCGAGAACAGCGUCCUUACCACGCUCAACCUGGCGGACAACCAGAUCCACGCGGAGGGGGGCCGGUAUAUCGGCCGCGCCCUUCGGGGAAACACGUCGCUGGUGACCCUCAACCUCCGGCUGAACCGCCUGACGGACGAGGGAGGGAAGAUGCUCGUAGAGGGACUGCACGACAACCGGACCCUGGCCUGCCUCAACCUCAGCGCGAACUCAAUAGCGCGCGAGGCUUGUUCUUCGCUGAGCAUGGUGCUCAGAAAACCCGGGAAGGUGCUGGCAACGCUGGACCUCAGCUGCAAUGAGUUGCAGGACGACGACAUCCGGUUGCUUUGCGUCGCGCUGGAGAGGAACUCGUCGCUGACCUCCAUCGACCUCCGCAUGAACGACGUUUCGGCGGACCUCGAGAACCUGGAGAAAAUCGAGGUAGGGAGACGGCUCGCGGUUGAUCUUGGUUGA